AUGAAACGCGUCGCCAUCGUUGGUGCCGGGCCAAGCGGUUUGCCAUCAGCAAGACAUGCGUUGCUGUACGGUUUUGAACCUGUCGUUUUUGAAAUGACCGACAAAGUAGGUGGUUUAUGGAACUACAAGCCACAAGAUAGCGAAGAAGCAUCCGUGAUGAAAUCCACCGUAAUCAAUUCGUCUAAAGAGAUGAGCGCAUACAGCGAUUUUCCACCUAAGCCUCAUUUUGCCAACUACAUGCACAAUCAGAAACUUCUCGAGUAUUUCCAAGACUAUGCGGAACACUAUAAACUCUCCAAACAUGUCAAAUUCAACCACAAAGUCACUAGUAUCAAAAAAGCUCCAGAAUACGUUACUAGAGGAAAAUGGCUACUGGAAUACAACGACAGCACCGGUGCAAAUCAGACUGAUACUUUCGAUGCAGUAUUACUUUGCAUUGGACACCAUAAAGUUCCACAUUGGCCAGAAAAAUGGCCAGGCCAGGACAAUUUCAAGGGAAGGAUUCUGCAUUCACAUGACUACAAGGAACCAAAUGGAUACGAGGAUAAACGAGUAGUCGCUGUUGGUAUUGGGAACUCUGGAGCUGAUAUUGCUGUGGAACUGAGCCGAGUAGCCGAACAGGUCUAUCUAUCUACACGACGAGGAGCAUGGGUAGUGAAUCGUAUACAUACACGUGGUUUACCGUUGGACAUUUGCAUGGCUAGACGUUUCAUUCACAGCAUUGUGUUCUCCAUUCCACAAUCGAUUCGUGAAUGGUACGCCCAAAGAAUGAUCAACAACCGUUUUGACCAUGUCGCUUACGGUCUUCAACCAAAACACAAUGUGUUUGGAGCUCAUGCAACGCAAAAUGAUGAACUGCCGUAUCGUAUCGCUAGCGGAACUAUUGCGGUGAAACCGAACAUCGAUCGAUUUACUGAGAAGGAUGUCCACUUUACGGAUGGGUCCAAAGCGGAAGAUAUCGAUUAUGUUGUUUUGUCGACGGGAUACGACAUCACAUUCCCAAUGGUCGAGGAUGGGCAGCUCAUCAAAGUCAACAAAAAUCAAGUGGAGCUCUACAAAUACAUGUUCCCUCUUGACCAACCUCACAACACUUUCGCUGUCAUAGGACUGAUACAGCCUCUUGGCUCGAUUAUGCCGGUAGCAGAAAUGCAAGCACGUGUCUUCUUUUCUGUGCUCUCUGGUGAAUCAGUACUACCCAGUCCAUCCGAAAUGAGGAAAGAUGUUGUCAACAAACGAGAUAAAAUGAGAAAACAAUACGUAGACAGUCGUAGGCAUACGUUACAGGUUGACUACAUACCAUUUAUGGAUGAGUUGGCUGGGAUUAUUGGGUGUCAACCACGAUUCUUUCCUUUAUUCUUCCAAGAUACUUCGCUUGCAAUAGCUACAGUUUUUGGUCCUUGUGCUCCCUACGUUUACAGAAUCACUGGACCGCAUCACUGGGAAGGUGCUCGCGAUGCCAUUCUUAAUUUGCCUGAACGUGUGAAAUGCGGUGAGUGCCCAUCGUAUCAAAUGCAACCAUGGAAAGAGCGUGGGAUCUCAUGGCCGCUUAUUAUUCUUGGCAUGCUCGUAAUGAUUUUGCCGAGGAUAUUUUCGUUAUGA